AUGGCUCCAACGUUACAACAGUGCCCCGUCUGCUUUAACCACUAUAGAAGCACUCCAGACGGGAAGUUAUGUCGGCACGGAGGUAAAGUGAAAGGACAGGAAUGCUCGGGGUCCCGGAAAAAAGUUGAUCCAUCGGGCGCGAGGGCUGCUUCGCCUCUCGGUGCCGCACCCGACCCCAGGCCUGGGCUGCCCACACGGUCGUCCGCCGCAUCGGUCUCCGGUGAUCCUCUCGGCCUGGAUUACUCUGGUGUUUUUGAUAAGCUGACGGCCGUGCUGAAAUGUGUACCGGUGUACGACCAUAUCCCUAAGCCAUGCAGGGAGAAGUUCGCACAUGAUCUGAACGCCUUGCUGACGGCUGUUUGUAACGACCCUGGUGACCCGGCUCACUGGGUUAGACUCCACUGUUUUGUCCCAUACGUCUUACAGAAGACUUCCAGAGGAGGUCGCCGGGUCAACCAGGGCAAUCUGGUCAACAAGCGUCUAAGCGAAUAUUCAACUAUUGGUCUUGAAACCCUGGUACUGUGCUUUGAUGGGUUCAAUAAUGCCAAAUCACAAAUGCACAACCCCGAUCGAUGGAUCAACGCUGUGUCAUCUUGUAUUGAACAGGGAAACCUGUCCUCGGCGGUCAGACUUGUCUGCUCGCCGGAGGGCCUGGCGGAGAGCUCGCCGGCCACCUUCGAUAAAUUAUGUUCUAUCCACCCAAAAUUCCGUUUGCCCAAAUUGAUGUACUUCCUGCGUACAUCUAAACACAUUGACCCUUCUAAAUUGGGCGAAUUUGACGGAGCCCUGCGCACCGCCCUGUCGUCGAUUUGCAAUGUUCAAGAACCAUCCGGCAUUUCUGCGCAUGAUGGUAGGCGACCGGACGGAUGCACGCUAAUACCUUGGAGAGCCGGCAGAUGUUUGGCGUGGGAUGUUACGGUCCCUGGCACCCUCGCCGAACGAUACGUAAACCUGACAAGUAAAGAAUGCGGUUUGGCCGCGGCCAGGGCAGCGGACGAGAAAAUGAAAAAAUAUGGGAAUGCCCUCCCCUCGAUGGAAUUCUUGCCAAUAUGCAUCGAGGUUCUCGGCCCGAUGGACCCCAACACCCUUAAAUUUCUUAAGGAAAUAGGCAAAAGGAUCAGUGUCAGAUCAGGGGCGGUCGCAGGACUAAUCAAGCCAAUUACGUUAUUAAACGGUUGGCCGAAUUCAGUUCGACCGAGGUCAAGCUUCAACACUGACCACAACACCAAACCGCGUAGGCACAAUCCAAACAGUUGGAUUAGUGCAGUAAUCACUCGGAUUGAACAGGGCAGUCUCUCGGCGGCCGUCAGACUUGCUUGUUCGCCCGCAGGCUUGGCGGAGAGCUCGCCUGAGACACUCGCUAAACUCAAAGCUAUUCAUCCCAGUGCUCCAUUAAACAGGCGAGCUUUCCCCGCGCAGGAGCCGUCUAAUGGUCGCGUUUCACCAGCCCAGGUGUUGACGGCUUUAAAGUCGUUUAAUAAUGGUUCAUCGGGAGGCCUUGAUGGCUUGAGGCCUCAGCACAUAAAGGAUUUACUUUCCGGUCCGACGCCCACCGAUGAAUUGUUAAAUAACCUCACCCGGCUUGUAAAUUUGUUGUUAUCUGGGGUCUGCCCUCCCGCGGAACCGUCGGGCAUUGCGGCGCACGACGGUAAGCGCCCUGACGGGUGUACCUUGAUCCCUUGGAGAGCCGGCAGGUGCUUGGCGUGGGACGUUACCGUUCCGGGCAUCUUUGCUGAGCGCUACGUGCAGCUUACUAGCAAAAAAAAGCGGUCAGGCGAUAGUAGGGAAUAUUUUUUUGCUAUGAAUAAUAUCUCGUGCAUUCUGCAGCGGUUUUUGCGCGUCUGUGUGUUGGAAAAUGUGGAGUUGAAUGUCGACGGGGUUGAGUGA